AUGAUGUUCGGAAAUGGAAGUGGUUGGAGUAAAACCUUUCAAACCGAGGGUAAAUUGUACUUGAUAUUGGACUUUCUACGAGGUGGCGACCUAUUCACACGGCUAUCCAAAGAGGUAAUGUUCACUGAAGAGGACGUGAAAUUUUACUUAGCCGAGUUGACUCUAGCCUUAGAGCACCUACAUUCGCUAGGAAUUGUGUAUAGAGAUUUGAAGCCGGAGAACAUACUACUAGAUGCCGAUGGUCACAUUAAAGUUACCGAUUUCGGUCUUAGUAAAGAAUCGAUUGAUAACGAGAAAAAGACCUAUAGUUUUUGCGAGGUGAUAAAUCGACGUGGUCACUCAUGUGCUGCUGAUUUUUGGUCACUUGGAGUUUUGAUGGUGAGUUUCAAGUUAAGUUAAAU